CGCGACGAUGCCCCUGCUGCUGCAGCGCGACAGCCGCCCAAUACAAGCCGAGCGGGGAGCUGCCGGUCCGCCGCUGCCGCCUCGGACGGAAUUAGGGUUUCGAACGCAGGAACGUGAGUCGAGAGGAGGGGAGAUUUGGAGAAGCGCCGCACGCCGCUCAGGACCUCAGGCUGCUCAAGCAGAAGAAGGGUACGGCGAGCGGACCGCCCGGCAGCAGCAGGGGCGUCGUCCUUCUGGCCGUGCUCCUGGCAGCAGAAGCUCCAGCAGCAGAGAAGAGGCAGGAUGCGGGCGUCGUCCUCCUGGCCGUGCUCCUGCUGGUGCUCGACGGCUGCAGCCUGCUGCCUGGUGGUGCUCGGCGGAAGAGCAGGGGAUCCGAUCAGGUAGGGGUAGGGGAUGA